GCCUGGCGGGCCGUCGGCCAAGGAGAGGGAGGGCGAGGCAGGGAGCCGCAAUCUCCGCUUCCGACAUCCGAAACGGUCACUGUAACGGCAGGAGCCGGAGACAGAUACGCGCCGGGCCCGGCGGCUUUGGGGCGGAGUUUGCGCUCCCGAGGGAACGGCGAGGGCGUCGAAGACCAAAGCCCCAUCCUGCGAGGAGGGAGACGGAUCCAAGCGGGGCCGCCCAGAGACCUUUCCCCUCUCCGUCUUUUCCUAGCUCCCUCCCCUUUCCAAGCCCAUCGUCCAUCUCCCGUCCCCGUCCCCCUUCAGCUCAUCUGGAGCGUCUGCAGAUCGCAGCAGGCGCGCCGAAAAGUUUCCAUCUUCCAGUUUGAAAUGAAUUUACAGUGAUUGCAUGCCCAUAAAAGCAUGGAACCUCUUAAAACUUCAUUGGUAUCAGAAGAACAAUCUUCUACAGAGAUUGAUGAUCGUCAUUAUUCAUUACAAGCUGAGCAAGAGGAUAUUCAAAAAAGAACUUUCACAAGCUGGGUGAACUCACAGCUAGAAAAGCAUCCAUCACCUUCUCUUAUCUUGGACUUGUAUUCAGACAUUGGGAAGGGACAUGUGCUUUUGGAUCUGCUGGAGGUCCUUUCCGGACAACAAUUGCCACGUGAAAAGGGAUCGAACACUUUCCAGCGCAGAAGCAACAUUGAAAAUGCCUUAACCUUCCUGAAGAAUAGAUCACUCAAACUUAUAAACAUCCAUGUUGCUGAUAUCAUAGAAGGAAAACCAUCCAUCGUGCUUGGUCUCAUAUGGAUCAUUAUAUUGCAUUUUCAUAUUGAAGAAUUAGCCAAGGCGCUUUCUUGUGGAUACAGCCAUUCAUCUGUGGACACUGUGGAUUUAUCACCAGCAGCAAGCCCAACAGCUAGAACUAACGUCAAAGCAAAGGAACGAUGGAAGAUAUCAGCGAAGAAGGCUGUCCUGCUGUGGGCUAAGGAGCAGUGUGACAAGCAUGGGUCUAUCAGCGUUGCAGAUUUCAAAUCCAGUUGGAGAAAUGGAUUGGCUUUCUUAGCCAUCAUUCAUGCAUUAAGGCCAGGCUUGGUUGAUAUGGAGAAAGCAAAAGAGAGAUCAAACAAGGAGAAUCUGAGAGAGGCAUUUCAAAUAGCAGAGAAGGAACUCAGCAUACCCCGGCUACUUCAACCUGAAGAUGUUGACGUCACCAGUCCAGAUGAAAAAUCCAUCAUGACUUAUGUGGCUCAGUUUCUCCAGUAUUUUAAAAGUGUACCUGUGGCUGAAGAUAGAAUGCAGGGAAAAAUCAAAGAGACCUUGAGCUGGCUCAGUGCACAGGAAUGCAAGUUAACAAAGUUGCUGACUGAGCUAGAGAAUGCAUCUUUCUACAGGAAAUUUGAAGCAAUGCUAUCAUUUACAGAAGCAUUUAAUGAAGAAAAAAAAGCCUUCAUUCCCAUUCUGGAAUCUAAAAGAAAAGGGUCAGAGUUGAAUGACGAUUACUUGGAGAUGAAGGAAGCAUGGGACAACCUAUCGCAUCAGAUGAAUGAAUGGAAAGCAAAGCUGGACAAUAUGUUACCUCCACCUCUGGAUGCCACUGAGGCUUGGCUGAAAGAAACAGAGCAGCAUCUGGCACACAAUCUACCCAUUUCUCAAGAUCCUUUGAAAGCAACAGCUGCCCUUGAAGAAAAAUUAAGAGCUGUACAGAAUUUGAUGGAAAGUUUUCAACAGCAUUUGGAAACCCUUCAGUCCUUUGACAAUAGAGAUAAUGCUGGAAUGCUGGUAGUUCCACCUCAGAAGCUGGAAGACAUGAGAAAAAGGUUCAGCAAAGUUCAACUUGAAAAUUUCAGCAUUAUUGUGGAAUACUACUGCUCAUCCAGCUCAGCUAUCUUCAACGAACUGACAUCUAAGUUGAACAUCUGGAACAUCAAGUUUGGAACCAAGGAGACUGUGGAGUUAUUGCUAUUGGAUUGGCAUAAUUUUAUUGAAGAAAAAGGUUUUCUUGGUCAACUAGACACUGCAUUACAAGUAUGUGAAGCACAGAAGAAAAAAUGGAUAAAGGCUCCUAAUUUGGAAAUUGAUCCAGAAGAAACAGUCAAAUUGUUUAAGAUGAUAGAAGUUCAGAUUUCCAAAUGCAGAGAGUACAUUAACAGUGUGAACGAUACCUUAAAAAAAGUUUUAUCGUCUUGGGCCAACUAUACGGAGAACAUCCAGUUGCUAAAACUUUGGCUGGAAGAGACUCGAAAAGACCAUCUUAAGAAGAUCUCCCCAGAAACUUUGGCAGCCUGGAAUUCACGACAUGGUUCCUUGAAUGAAGCUGGAAACUUUUUGAUUGAAUCCAGCAAUGCAGAAGUGGGAUCAGCUGUUUCUGGAGAAUUGAAAAAAUUGAACAGAAAAUGGGCUAAGCUUAUAAAGAAGACAAAGUUUGAAAUGAAAAUGUUGAGGAUGCAAGAGGAAGAAAUGGUGUUGGUAACAGAUAACAAUGGAAAUGUUGAGACUUCUAAGAAAUUAAAUCCAGAUGUAUUUAAUAAUCCAGUGGAACCUUCAAAGGAGUUUCCUAAAGUGUGCUUUGAAAAGUCAGAGAUUGUUCCUCUUAGCCUUCAGACAGAUCCAUGUACACCAGAUGAGUUCUUUUCAGAAGACGAGGACAAGCUAAACUUUGAAAAAGCUCACAAAGAACUUGAAACAAUCGUUCUAAAAGCUGUGCAUCUUGUAGACCAAAAGACAAUUUCUGAAGAACCACAUUCAAAAUAUGAAGAGGCUUUUAGCAUCUUGGAUACUAACAUUCUUAGCAAGUUUUUGAAAGCAGCAAAACAACUGAAAAGCAUUUUAUCAGCUCAUGAAAAGGCACUGGUGGAGGAAAGGAGCAAAGAUGUUUGUGAGAGAUGGGAGGCUGCUCGCUGUGAAAUCAUGUCUUAUAUUCACCUGAAAUUGAAAAUUGAAAGGGAGAAGUUCAAUAAGACUUUUUCAAAUCUCAAUAAGCAGAUAAAUAAAGAGAAGAAACUGCUCAAUGCUGGGAAAACCAAAGGACUUAUUGAGGAGCACGAGGCCUUCUUUUCUCAGCAAGGUGGCCUGGGUGAGCUUAACACUUGCUUACAAGCUUUGAAAGCAAUGAGUGAUAAAAUAACCAAAGUGGAAAAGGAGUCCAAAAUAAAGCUGCCAAUUGCCGAAUAUGAGCAAAAGAAAAAAGAACUUCAAAAAUGCGCAGCAACCAUUUACAACGAGCUGGUAUCUAGGACUGGCGAUGACCAUUCACCUGAGAAAGGAGAGUUUACACCUGUGUUAGUCAAUGAAGAGAGGGUAUCAUCUCAGAAUCCUGAAGCUGAAAAGGAUUCAGAAGAUGUUUCUUGUAUACAUUUGGAACCAGAAAAGGAGUUUCAAAACGGCAGACACCAGGCAGAAAAGUUGGAAAGUGAUAGAGACUUGGCUUUAAAAAAAUUAAAAGAAAGCUAUGACACAGCAAGACAUAAUCUGAAGCUCCACCUAAAGAGCAUCAGGGAGACGAUAACUCCCUCUUUAACUGAUGAUGUGAGAAACAUUUCUUCCCUUCAGAAGAAAUUGCAAACACUGGAAGCUUUAGAUAGUAAAGGUGAUUCUUCCUGGAAACCUUUUGAUUCUGUGGCUUCACAGUUAGUGAAGUUCUCAUGUGAGAUGGACUUGGAGGAUUUGCACAAAGAAUGGGAUGAGCUGCAGUUUGCUUUAGAUAAAAGGAUGGAAUCUUUAAAGGCUGCUUUGGCCCUUGUUACGCCAAUUGAAAAUGAAUGGGUCUUACUCUGCAAAUCAGAAGAACAGCUUUGUAAAAGAGACAUUCCACGUUAUGUGAUGAGUAAAACUGAUCUUCUGUACAAGAAAGUGAAGAAAAUUCAGGCAUCUAUAUCAAAUUGUAUUGAACAAUGCAACAGCCAAGAACAAAAAAGCCCUGUAGGAUGGACAAUUGACCAAAGAGAUCGGCAGGCCAUUGGUUUAAUGAUCAGCGAGUAUAAAAUACGGUUAGAAAAACUGAGUCAAAAGAUACAAGCCAUUGAAACAGUUUUACAAGAUUUUGAAAGUUUUCUGGCUUCCUUGAGAUAUAUUCAAUGUUCUAUGGAUGCUUCUACAUCGCUGAGCUGGUCUCCACAGUCAAUGGAGGAGGUUUCUCACAUGGAGAAAGAAGCCAAAUCUCUAGAUGAGAAAUUUAAGCAGCUUCAUAUCUAUUUGGUAGAGGCUGAAAGCGGUAAAAAGAUGAGCUGUGAAGAGCUGGUAGCAGAUUUACUUGUAAAAGAAUGCCCCUCUAUUGGUUCUGAAGCAACUCAGAAUCAAAAGACUGAAGAAUUUUCCUCGAGGAAUAAUGAGCUACUUAAAAAUCUUCAGGAUAUAUAUGAUUCAAUCAGUGGGAUAGGCUUGAGGGACCCAACAAUUCCUGCUAUUUCACAAAGGUUGAAGUUGCUUGAUGAACUGUGGAAGAAGUUGGAUCGCUGUGCUCCAGAAAUGAAAGCCUUGAAUGAGAUUAGUCAAUUUUCCCAGUUGCCAAAAGCCCAGGAGAAUGAAGUCAGUCAGCAGUGGGGAUUUACCCAGGGCCUAUGGAAGAAGACUAAACUUGCCAUUACUGAAAAGCGUGACUACUGUAAAAGCACAAUGGAUCUCUUGAAGCAAUAUCAAAGCUGCAAAACCUAUUUGACUAGCAUUAUUCUGAAGCAAGAGAAUGCCCUAUCACAGCAAGCCUCUUACAUGGGAAAAGAAAACCUGCAGAAGAUAAUUGCUAAGGUCAACAUGGCAAAGGAGGAAUUUAACAGUUGCUCUGAAGAUGUUGAUAGAUUAAACCAAAUGUGCAAAAAUCUUCAGUCUCAAGUGAACAAAAUGAAGAGUUUUGAGGAGCCCCCAUUUGAGAAUGAGGCUAAUGCUAUAGUGGACCGAUGGCUGGAUAUCAAUGAGCGGACUGAAAGCUAUUGUGAAAACAUGGAAAAAGCUCUGGCUUUAUGGGACAGGCUUCUUAACAUAUCCAGUUUGAUUGAUGAAUGGUCAGAUACAGUUCAGAAGAACUUAGAAGAUGGGAACGUGACUGAAAAGGAAUUGGAAGAAUUGGAGGCUGAUGUCCUAUUCCAAGAAAAAAAGUUAGAGGAAUUUGAUACACAGGUGGAUGAAAUUCAGAAUCUUCUUAACAGCACUGAACCCCCACUUGAACUACAGGUUAUUAAAUCUUCUCUUUUGAACAAAAUGGAGUUAAUAAGAAAGCAUUUACCAAAUAAGUCAGAACCCACCAAAGUCAAUGGCAGUACAACAGAGCUGAAAGGAGACCUUGAUCUUGCCAAGACUCAAAUUGGAAUGACAGAAUCUCUUCUGGAAGCUUUAUCUCCAUCUGAUCCUUUGGAGAUUUUUACAAAAUUGGAGGAAAUACAUCAGAAGAUUCUUCAUCAAAAACAACACGUCAAAUUGCUUCAGAAAGGGACAGGCUAUCUGAACCCUGAUGUUAUUGAAUUAAAGAAGCAGCUGACAAGUAUCACUGACUUAUUUAAUUCAAAAAAACAAAUAUUUCAGGAUCACUUUACAACUCUCUUGAACUAUCAAUGUAAGAAUUUUGAUGAUUGGUUCAGCAAUGUCCAGAUCUCUCUGGAAGAGUGUUUUGGCUCCUUUGAAACAAAAGAGAUGGUGGAAAAGAAAAUCCAUCAACUAAUGAGUUUCCUAAAUUUUGAAGACAAAGGCAGUGAUAUUGAUGGGGUGAAGACUGUUCUGAACCAGGUGAAAAACUAUUUGCCCAAACAAAAUGUCCAUCAGUUGAGUAACUGGGUGAGGGACCAAGAAGUGGAAUUGCAAAGAGUAAUUUCCAAAUGUCAGGCACAAAAAAUUGAGCUUCACUACUUUCUUCAAGAGUUUGCUAGGCUUGAAAAGGACUUUAAGAGUCUGCAGAAGUGGCUAAGGACUCAAGAAGAAAAAUGGCAACAAGUUCAAAAAGAGAAGACAGAACUUGAACAUUUUUAUCAAAAUCUACUCAAAAAAAGGGAGCGGUUUGAUUCUUUUGAUUGCCGGGCAAAUUAUUUGAAAAACUCAGGAUUUUUCAUUGAUGAAGCAGUUCUAGAAUCUGCCCAGUUUGUCAGUAAAUACAAGAGGUUGGUUAAUCAUGUACAGAAAACACUUGGAGUUUCUGAGAUGUAUUGUGUAGAAAGAAAGCACUUUGAAGAACUUGUCAGGAACAUGUUUUGCUGGGUGGAAAUUAUAAAAAAGCCUGUCUUGGAGAUGAGUGCUGAAGAAUCUGAGAUAUCAGUGGAAGAAAGAUUGCUCAAAAUCCAGGAGAUUGCUUUGUUGAAAGAGGAGGGCAGUGCUAAAUUGCAAACUAUCAUAGCUGUUGGAAAACAUUUGAAAUGUGACGAUAAGAGCAAGAACUUAGCUCUUGAGCAGAUAGUUUCUGAUGUCCAAAAGAAGUGGGACUCCACUGUUCAUCUGGUUAUUGGCUGUCUGAGGGAUCAGGAACAACUCCAGCAUCAAAUGGAACAAGUGAAGCAGACAGAAGAUGCCAUCAAAGCGCUGUUUUAUGAAGUGGAGAAGCAAGGAUUAAAUGUUGAUAUUCAUCCCAAUUCACAACAAGUGCAAAGUCAGUUAAACAAUUAUUCUGCACUUCUGAAAGAAAUUGAAGGCCUAACACUUCUCUUAAAUGAACUAACAAAGCAACGCAGUUCUUUGGAGACAUGCACUAAUAGCUUCAGUGCAGAAUCAUUGAUGACUUUACAGCAUCUCUACAAAUGUCUUCUUUGCCGAUUACAGCAUGCAACGAAGCUCUUGGAAGGCUGUGUUGAGGGACACCAGCAGUGUGAAGAGUUGACUACACUUUUGAUGACUUCUCUAGAGGAACUGCGGGAGCCUGUGGGUACAGAGCAAAAUCAGGUACAGUAUAAUAUUCUUUGUCAAGUUGAAGACAGACUACAGGAUGUUGUUGCUCUAAUGGACUCCAUCAGUUUGGAACAGACUUGUAUGAAGGAUGAGAUAGAUGCACCCCAAAUUAAGCCGAAGCAUCUUAAAACUAAAUACGGACUUCAGCAUGAGACUGAGGACAUCCACAUUGAUAUACUCAAACAGAAAAAAGAGAUGGAUAAUGAAACAACAAACAGAGAGAAACUGGAAAAUUCCUUCAGAGUGAAAAAUCAGCUGGAUAGAGAAGCUCCAGAUUUCUUUCCAGAAUGGUUGACACGUAAAGUGCAAUUACCAAGCUCCUUAGCACUUGUAUCUGAGGAGAGAGCAGCUGCAGUUACUGAGGAAUUGAAAGGCAAUUUGAUGGAAGCCCACAAUUUCCAAAGUUCAGCAAGCCAGUGUGCAAAGCAGCAGCAGAAAUCAGAGCAAAUACUGGCGGAUGAUUAUCCCAAUGAAACUCCGCAACAGCAGCAUGGCUAUCAAAAGAAAUUGCAAGCAACAUAUGCCUGGUCAGAAAUGCCUCAAACCAUUUUGCCAUUAAUGAAUGGAAAGGUAAUGGAGGCUGACCCUACUCCUUUGUCCAUUAUACAUCCAUCUCCGGAAAGCAAGGGUUAUCUUGAAGACCAAACAAUUGUUGAGUAUGCAGAGCUGGAACAAAAGAUCAACAAAGUGAAAAUUUGGACUGCAGAGUUAGAUAUUGUAUUAAUGAAAGAUCAACUGAGAGAGAUAGAGGAUUUGUGUCUGCAGCUAGAAAAGAAGAAAGCUCAAGCUUUGUCAGUGUGGCCAGAACACUCAGUGGUGGCAGAAGGAAGUCAGCCAAACCACAAGGACGCCCACAGGGUGACCUCUUCCAGUUGGGACAGACUCCUGCAAGAAUUAAUGACUGCUAAAGAGGCCAAGCAGAAUCAGUUUAAUUUAGUCAAUCGCUACCAUGAAUGUCUUGCUACUGUUCAGUCUUCAAUGAAACAUUUAUUAGCAGAAAAAGAAAACAUAUAUACAAGGGGACCUGUAGAAGACACAGUUCUUCUAGAGAAUUUGAACAAAUUGUUGGCUUCUCUACAAAAAGAAAAUAGUCUUUUAGACAAGCUGAGAUCUGAACAAGAAAAUCUAUCUAGACAACUAUCCACUCUGGACAGAGAAUUAGUACAAAGCCAGGUGGAUCAAGCAGAGCAGUGGUGGAAACAAAUGCGGGACUGUCUUCAAAAGAAACAGUUCUGUGUAGCGGCAGAAGUGGGCGAGUUUAAGCUUUUCAUGGACAAAGCACAGGAACUCCAAAUAUGUUUGCAACAGCAACAUGAUUUGCAAACAGGCCUGAGUGCUCCUGGUACAGAAGAGUGUCCCGGCCCUAUCUUGAUUCCUUUAGAACUGCGCAUCCUUAAGCGAAACAUUUCUUUGUUAAAAAGAAAUGCAGAUGUACAGAUGAAAAGAAUGUGGAGCAGUCCAGGAAAAAUAGCCUUAGAGAACACAAUAAAUGAUCUUCAGAGCCAGGUAGAAGAAUUGGAGCAAAUGACCCCUAAAGAGAAUGUCCAGAUAACUGGCGGUCAUCCCCAGACCUAUGAAAUAACGAAAGAGAUAGAAGAUGCCAUUUUGGGGAACAAAAUUUUAAUGCACCAUCUUGAUGAGAGGGCAGCACUCUUUCCAGAUGAUCUCCUCUCACAAAUUAAACGUUGCAAGGCUGUAAUCAGUGAUGCUAAAGAAAAAGAGCCAACUUUUAUAAGGCUAGCAGAUGAAGCCCAGCAUGUUGCUUCUCACAUGCCAUCCAAGGAGGAUUCUGCACUUAGCAUCCUUUCAGAUGAGUUGCAAACUGGUUACCAAUUACUUAUUUUGAAAUCAUCUCAAAAGUUACAGCAGCUGGAAUCUCAGCUUGGAAAAAGAGAAAAACUUUUUGCAAAUAUAGAGAAAUUUGAAGCACAACUUCAGAAGAUCAUGGCAGCAUCUAGCUUAGAUAUUGAUAAAACAAAUAUAAAGUCUGAGUUUGACCACAUGCAGAAUCUUUUAGAAGAGACUCCCAAGAAGAUCCAAGAGAUGGAAGCCCUUGUAGAUGCAAACUGCAGCGAUUCAUCUGAAGGACUAAAUGCUUUUGAACAGCUGUUUUUAAAUGAUUGUUUGAGAAGUCUGAGAAGUAGAGCACAGAGGGUCCAUAGGGUAAUUCAAAUUAAGGGUCGCUUAGUACAACACAAAAUGGGUGCCUAUAAAAAAUUCUCAGAAGAGAUAAGGGCCUUACAGCAGGAUCUUAGCAAUCUUCAUUUUGAUGAGCUGGAACUAAAUCCAGAAGAGUCACUGUCUAAGAAUCAAAUGAUAAAAGAUAAACUGAAUAUGUUUAAAGAGAGAACUUCCGCCAUCCAGUCACAUUUGUCAUACCUGGACCAAUACCAGGAGAUCUGGAAAUGGCUGGAUCCGAAGUGGGAUACAUCACCACUUGAUGAACUGAAAGAUCAGUUCUGCAAAGCAAAGGAUAACCUUGACAAGAGAGGUCAAUGUCUGAAGAAUUUUUUUGCAGAAUAUGAUAGGCAUCAAAUAGUCCUAAGUGAGAUUGAGGCUAUAGUAUCUAGCAUUCAGAAAGACUGUGGUGACUUGGAAGAUCUUACCAGUUCUACUCCUGAAGCCAAUCUGUUAUCAGGAAAAAAAUUGAUAUGGAGAGUUGAACAUGCCAAAUAUAUAACUCAAGAAGCAUUCAAGCUCUUCAAGAAAAAUAAGUCAUUUAGUGCCUCUCUCAAAAAGUCCAGCAUGAAGCAGAUAAAGACCUUAGAGACAAAAAUAGAUGGGCUGGAACAAAUGAUCUGUUCUAUCAUAGUAGCUAAUCAAGAAAUAUGCAAGCACAAACAAGGUUUCCAGAAGAAGAUGGGCCUCAGUUUAAGGACUUUAAAGCAAAUUCAGUCUGAGCUCCAGCAGCCUGUCCUACUUGACUUGAAAAUUCAAAUGAUUCCCUAUGAAAUGAUGUAUUGCAAAGUCCUUAAAGGUGCUAUAGAGGCAGAAAUUCAUGCUGCAGAAGAUAUAAUAACUAAAGAGAAAUCAUCUACAAAACAAACAUUUCUUCAUUCUGAGAGUUUAGAUAAAGAAAUAGAGGAAUUCCAAAAUCUGAAAAUACAACUGAAAACAGACUUUGCUAUACACACAGAAGCUUUAGAUGAAGCUUUUAAAAUGGUGAAGCUUUACAAUAAAGCUGUCGAAAAAUCUGCAGAUCUCCUCAGUCAGUGUGAAGCAUUUCUUUCUACUCCACUCCUUGAUUUACUUAAACUAGAAGAAUCUCAUCUUGACUUUGCCAAGAAACAAGAAGACUCCGAGUCUGCAAAGGCUGAAGUAGAAGCAUUAACCGGUACUCUGAAAAAGUCAAUUAAAUCAAAAGCCAAACUGCAGGUGGAGAAAGUACUUGAUGAUCUAACUGCUAGGAAUGUCACAAUAAAAGAGCAGACCCAAAAGAGAAAAUCUUACAUACAGAGGUAUAUGGAAAAAUAUCAAAGUUUCAAAAACUCCAAAGAGAGGAUAUGUGUUGAGCUUAACAAUGCAGAAAAAGUGCUUUGGAAGUGUUUAUACUACAUUCCAGUAUCUUACAAAGAAUCUUUAGAGCAUUCAGAACAAAACAAGAUGCUGUUGUCCCAAUUACUAUCAACCAAAGAGGAGCUAAUGAAGUUAAGGCGAGAUUCACAGUCUCUAAGCUUGAUGUGCAAAGAAAAUGAUGGCGUGUUAAUUGUACCCAUUGUAUCAAUGUUGUGGCUGAAGUGGCUCUGUUUGUUCAAUAUCGCAAAAGAACGGGAAGGCAAAUGUGAAGAACAGAACCAAGAAUGGAAAUCUGUCAGUGAAGAAUUGGAACGAGAAACAAUUAUUCUAGACAGUCUUCAAGAAGAGCUGCCUGAGAGCCUCCAAGACAAACAGCAAGCAACCAAAGAAGAACUGGAAGAAUUUCUGGAAUCCACAAACAAUUAUAUAGAAAAUGUGGAUACUGAGAAAUUGUUGCUACGCUUAAUACUCUGCCGAUUAAGGGACAUUCUGAGUGUCCCUGGGAGUUUGUCUGGAAAGGAAAGCCUUCCUAUUGUCUGCGAAAUUCAAAACAUGCAGCAACGAACAGAAGAGCUCUGUCAAAAGGCUGAAACAGAAAAAGAGGCUGUGCAGUCUGAGAUGAUAUACCGGACCAAAAGCAGUGAAGAAUUGAAAGCUAUGAAGACUUCAUUUCAGGACAUCAUAUCCCAACUCCGUGACAUAGAUUUGGAAACCCCCAAUGAAAAGGCAUUGAAACUUGAGGGGAUUCAGAGAGUAGUUGACAGCAAGAAGCAAAUCGUAGACAACUUACAAAUCAAGUUCACUGAAAUAUAUAGAAUAGUUCCAGUUGGUAUUGAAGAGCAUUUGGAAGACUGCAAGAGAAUGUUACAUGACCUGGAAGAAAAGGUCAGCACAGAAUUCCUGAAAAAUUCCCCUCACUACAGGACAGAGAAAAAAAUAGAAGACAUUAACAAAGGUUUGCAAGCUGUUGAAAGCAUGUUACAUCAAAAGAGCGAGAACAUUGAAAAAGCAAAAGAAGUUCAGAAGAGAACCUGGGAUUUGCUAGAUCUUUGGCAUUAUAAAAUGAAUGAACUGGAUUCAGAGGUUCAAGAUAUAGUGGAGCAAGAUCCCCACCAGGCUCAAGAAUUGAUGGAUCGAUGGAUGAUACCUGUGCAACAAUACCAACAUGUUUCGCAGCAUGCUGAGCGUAGAACUUCAGACUUGAACAGGGCUGCUAGCAAGUUGGAAGAAUGCGAUGAGCUCUUGAAAAGCAUUCAGGUUUGGCUUGAAAAUACCAGCCGCCUAUUAACAGAGGAAGUGAAAAGUGACUCUGCAAAAACUUUGAAUAAACAUACCAGUGCGCUUGAGAUGGCAUUGGAAGAUUCAGAACAAAAGCAAAGUAUUCUUAGUGCAAUUUCCCCAGAACUGAAAGAAUUGUCCCCUUUAAUUGAAACUGACAGUACGGUGCAGGAAUUGACAGAAGUAAAUGAGCAAGUUAAAGCCUUACAGCAAAAGAUAAUGGAAAUUCUUCCAUGUAUCCAGCACUUGGCUGAUGAUGUUGAAGCUAUUGAAUCUGAAGUGAAAACAAUGGAGAAGGAUAUAGAAAAAAUAAAGACUAUAUUGUUCCCCUCUGAAGACACACUUGAUUUUUCUCCUAAGGAGCAUCUUAAACAUUGUAAGGUUAUAUUGGCCCACAUCUGCCCCAUGAAGAAGGCUUUGGCUGAAAUGCAAUCCUAUAAAGCAAAAUUGAGAUUGACUGACAUGAGAAUGCAACCUCUUUCAGUAUUCCAAAGAACUAAACAGCUUUUGAAAGAGCUGAAGGUUCUAGAAAGACUCACAGAGAAACAGAACACUCUACUUGAGCCAAUUGUAAAAGAGAUGGAAGAAUUCGAGCAACAAAUUGAAUUCCUAAAGCAAAGCCAAUUCCCAAAGAGUACUUUAGAUGAAUUGUCCACGGAAAAUCUGUGGCCUGUUCAAGACUCCACUUUCCUCAAGGAUGAGGAGGUGGAAAAAGUAAAGCAACAGAUUGCCCUAUUAUGCCAACAGAAAGAGGAUAUUCUAACAGCUAUGAAGAAUGCCUUGGUGGAACUUCAUCAGAAUCAAGAACCACCAGAAGCUGAGGACAGUGACGUAGAAUCACCAGAGGAAAAUGGAAGUGCUGUUGAGUUGCAGUCCAAAAAGCGAGGCUCCCUGGCUUUUCUACCUUCCUUGGUUGAGGAAGCAGAAGACAGUUCAUUCCACAAUGAAGAGAUGGAUACAAAGGACAUGUCCAGUGGAGAUCCUCCCACCAAGGGCAAACCUUCCAGCCAACUCACCAACCCUCCCGAGUGCUUAUGGAGAUCACUGAGCAACACAAAGGCAACCGAGGACACGGUUAAGUCUGACUCCGAGCCGGCUCAGGUCCUCCAUGUGUGCCAGGCUCAGAUUGCUGAGUUGGAGCUGUGGCUCGAUCAAGUGAAAGAGUCUCUAGGAUCAGAAGCCCAGAUCUGUCAAAUGCAGCAGUCGGUGGAGCAGCAUCUAGCUGCAUGCCAGGUGAUGUUAACAGAAAUUGAACAGAAAGUCGUGUGGCUAUUGGAGGAGUGCAAAAGCACGUCCACUACCAAUAGCUCAGGCCUCGAACAAGAAACAGAGAACCUUUCCUUGAACCUUAAAAACGUGAAGUGCAAGUUGGAAAAAGUCCAGCGCAUGCUCCAAGGGAAAUACACAGAAGAGCAGGUGAGCACUAAUGAAGAGGCCUCGGUCAACUUCCCACAGCCACUUCAUUUGGAUUCCUCUAGUUCAUUUCCACAUGGGAUCUCAGAGAGACCAAAUGGUUUUCAGCAUAAACAGGAAUUGCUGCUAAAGCUGUCUGAGCAAGACAAUCUCAUUGACUUCCUAGAAGUGUACAUGGAGAAAAUUCAACCUCAACCUAAACCCAACACAGUUCUGGAAUUGCAAACAAGCAAUGAGACAGUCAGCUCAGGAAACGAGCCUCUUGGUUUGACUCCAAAGGACCAAACGGGUGAUAAGUGGCAAUAUUUACAAGAAGAACUGCUGCUCAAGAAGAAUGCUCCUCAUUGUCAAUUGGAUGAACUUCAGAUCUCUACCAAAAUAAAUAUUCUGUCCCUUGGUGCUACAUCGAGUGUGAGAACUCCGACCGUUGAGGAGCUAAAAACAUACACAGCACAGCUUGACAAUCUAAGCCAGGAAGCUUCUACUCAGGAAAAUGAAACAGGAGAAAAUGCAUUAAGUUUGGAUGGGAAACUCUUAGAGUUGUUUCUGGCAAUCAGCCACUGCCUGAACAACAUGGAGCAGAUGUUGGGCACCUGUGUACUCUCCAGUGAAGAAGCUCCUGUACAGCAAGUGCUUUAUGAGACUCUCUCUGCAGAACUACAGAAACUUCACACAGAUAUUGGAGAUAAGAAAGAUGAUCUUCUGAAGGCCAUCACCUCUGCCAGUGGGAAUUCUGAGAGAUUCUCCCAGUGUUUUAGCAACUUGCAGGCAUGGCUCCAAUUGACACAAACAGCUGCUGCCUCUAGAAGCGAGUCUAUGAAAACGGAAAUGGACCAUUACAUCAAUUAUCAGAAUGAAAUCAGGCACUUGUAUGAUGCAUUGAUUGAGAAAAAAUCCUCAUUGCAACAGUUUUUCAGUGAAAUGAGUGGGCAUAAUAUUUCUAAGCAAUUCCAGCAGAUGGAUAUCUUUGAAUUGGAAUUGCAAAAUUUCGAGACACAGGCAGCUAAACUAAGAGAUCGUGGAGAAAGAGUUCAUUUGCCAGUUGCUGUAACCCACGAUGUGAAUAAACUAGAGGAGGUGUUGGAUGACCUCUGGGAGUUCCUAAGAGUCAAACAGAAGGAACUAAGUUCUUCAUUGAUUAAGGAACAUCAGUGUGAAACUUUGUUACAAGGUUUUGCGGAGCUCAUAGAUCUUGGGGAAAAGAAACUUGUUUCAAAGCUGAAAAUUACCAGUCGGUCUGAUUUAGAAUUACAUUUGGAAAACCAUAAGAGCUUUUUCUGUAAACUGAACGGCCAUAUGCUUCUUGUACAAAAAGUGGCAGCUUCAAUAUUACAAAACAGGGAGAAAUACUGGAAGGAUAUGGUAGAGAAGAUCAAAUCAUUGGAAGAACAGGCUAUUCAACAAGGAACCCAUUGGGAAAAGGUUUUACAGGACUGGAUAGCAUUUGAUGAGAACUACGUUUCAUUCUGCCAAAAGCUGGAGGCUCUUUCACCCACAGUGCCUUUUGUGGCUUUAGUGGAAGAGACAGAAGAAAGAGUAAUGGAAAGGACUCAGCUCCUCCAGGAAAUCCAAAAGAACAUUGAAGGGGAACAGGCUAGAUAUUAUCUAAUAGUGAAAGAAGGAAAGAAUUUGACAGAACUUCUGAGUUGCCCAGAAUUGCAAUCCAAGAUUGAGAAGCUAGAACAUCAAUGGGCAUCUUUUUCCCAAAGAGUUGACCAUGAACUACAAAGGCUUGAGACAUUGCACAAACUCUUGUCCAGUUACAACAAAGACUCAAAGGAGCUCAAUGUCUGGUUGAAAUCUGCUCAGCAAAAUGUGAACUAUUGGAAGGAGCAGUCUCUCAAUGCAUCUCAGGACCAGAAUACUGUCAGGAACCAUAUUCAGAGUUUGCUUGAAUUCUCUAAAGAAGUCGAUGAUAAAUCUUCUUUGAAAUCUUCUGUCAUAAGUACUGGAAAUCAGCUGUUGCUUAUUAAGGAAUCUGAUGAUGCAAAGUUCCGCUCAGCUUUGGCAGACUAUGAGCAGAGAUGGAAUGACCUGGUUGUUCAAUUACCAGGCAUCCAAGAGAAGUUUCACCAGCUCCAGAUGGCAAAAUUGUCAUCUUAUGAAGCCAUCACAGAACUGAAUGCCUGGAUGAAUUGCAUAGAUCAGCAAAGAAGAGAUGAGGUUGCAAUUAAUUUGCAAAGUUCUGCCAGCUUGAAAGACCUUCUUAGGAGGUACAAGGAUUAUGUGAUGGAAAUGAACUUUAAACAAUGGAUAGUUGAUUAUGUGAACCAGUCACUACUACAGUUGACACCUUGCGAUGUUGAAAGCAAGCGUUACGAGAGGACGUCAUUUGCAGAAUGUCUCGGGGAAUUGAAUAUGAAUUGGCACCAUUUGCAAGGGACUCUGAAUGAAAAGAUAAAGGAGUUGGAGCACAUUUUGGAAUCUGUUGUUAAAAAUGAAAACAAAGUACAAUCUUUGGGCAGCUGGCUAGAAGCACAAAGCAGAAGGCUAAAACAUUUGAAGAAUCCAGCAAGUUCUAUUCUUGCACAGGGCACAUUAAAAGACUGCAAGGUGAUAGAAAAUCAGCUUGCUGUGAAGUCUAAGGAAGUGGAUCUACUUAAAAACAACCUCACAGCUUUAAAGGAUUGUGCUGAUGCUGCCAAGAAAGUAGGGUUCACAACCACCGAUUUGGCUGAAAUGAGAACUAGCAUUAUCAAUCAGGUUGCCCAGCUGAAGUCUUCUACAGAGUCUGCUUUAGAGUGCUGGAAGAGUUAUGAUGAAGCCUGGGAUGAUAUCAGGCUGUUGCUUGCAAAUACUGUGUAUUGCCUGGAGCAUAGCAAGAACCCUUUCAUUACAAUGAAGUCACUGAAAAAGCAAGUGGAAGAUCUCCAGUCUCUUCAAGAUAAAACGGAGGGAAACAAAGAAAUCUGGGCUAGACUCCAGACUGCUGUUGAUAACCUGAAGAAAGUGUGUGAUCCCUCAUUCUCAGAGAUUAUUGAACAAAAACACGAAGAGGCACGCACAAGGUGGAUAUUGACAAACAAAAAUAUUGAAGAGAAGCUACAGAAAGCUCGUGCGCAUUUGCACUUGUGGGAAUUCUAUACAGAGGUUUCAGCCAAACUAAACAAAUAUGAAGAACAGUAUGAUUCCCAGUUGAUGCCUGAUACACUUUCAAGCUGCACAAUGGAUUUUCUUAAGGAGAAGGCAGAGAAUAUAAAAAAACUGCAACUUGGCCUUCAAGACAUCAAAGAAUAUUAUCUUCAAGCUUCUGAAUCAGGGGAUAGUAUAACUCAGUUGGCUGAACCAGAAACACAGAGCCUUCUUCAACAGAAAGCCCAGCCACUUCAAAGGAUCUCCUCUCUGGAAAAGAUGCUACAGAUGAAAGCAGAUGUUUAUCAAUAUGGUCUUUUACAACUGGAGAAUUUUGGGAAUUCCUUGGAAAAACUGGAAAAUCAUGUUAAAGAUUCCACAGAAAUACUGGACAAUUUAUGUGAAAACAAUACAAAUUUGGAACUCUUCAUGAGCCAGUUACUGAGUCUCACAUCUUUGUCUCCUGAAAUGGAGAGAUUGAAUGAAGUCAGCUUUCAAUUGCCACUCUGUGACUUCACUGUAAAGAGAUUACAAAACCUUAAUCGGCAGUGGACUCAGAAAACCGCUCUAGUUCUGGAGCAAUGCAGUAAACUGCAGAGGCAUCAAUCUGAUGACAAGAAAUUUCUUCAGAAAUGUCAGAAUUGGGUGCAGUUUCUAGAGAAAAUGAAAGAGAGCCUGAAAGAGAACUUGGCGGAUACACUUGAGAAGCUGCAAGAACAGCAGAAAGAAUAUGAGAUAUUACAAACAGAGAUUUCCAUUAAUCAGCAAAUUUUCAGUUGUCUUGGGUCAAAAGCUCUGAAUAUGUUGGAAUUGGGAGAAGCAGAAAACAGAACUGAGUUUAUCUCCAGGCUCACUCUGCUGAAGGAUCAGUGGCAGAGUGCAGUGCGGAUGGCUCAUCGGAAGAAGAGUGACAUUGACAGCCUUGUAAAGCAGUGGCAAAAAUUCACAACCUUACUGCAAGAUCUCACAAAAUUCCUCAUGGACACGAAUAGCUACAUAGCUGCCGUGAAGAGCCAGGAGAAGUAUCCCUUGGAUCAAAUUAGGAACCUGAAUCACAAGUUGAAGUAUAAGGAAAUACUUCAAAAGAGGUGGCAAACCAGAUAUUCUUUAAUCUUGGAUAUUGGGGAAAAUUUACUUGGCAUGGUUGCCCCUGAAGCAAAGGCUGCCAUGCAGCUGGAGAUGAAUAAGUUGCGAACUAAUUGGGACAACACACAACUUCAGCUGGAGAAGAUUACCAAGCAAUUUCAGGGCACCAUACAGACCUGGGAGAACUGUGAAAGGCAAGUGAAGGACUUGGGCCAUGUUUUACUAGAGCUCAAAGGAAGCAUAAACAAACCUCUUCCUAUAGAACAUGACACAUUGCCAGCAACCUUGGAACAAAUAAAGGUACUGGAGAAAUCACUCACCAACUGGAGCCAAAAUGCAAAAGAACUUGAUGCACAAAAGGUGAAACUGGCUCAAUUUAUCCUCCCAGAAAAUGUGAUGCUAUUGAGAGACCAAAUUGAACGUUUGCACAGCCAGUGGGAAGAACUCUGCCUCGGAGUUUCUCUGCACAAGCAAGAUAUUGAGGAACGACUCAAUUCCUGGAUUGUGUUCAAUGAAAAAAAUAAGGAACUGUGUACUUGGCUGAUGCAGAUGGAAGAAAAAGUCCCUCAGUCAGCAGAUAUCAGUAUUGAAGACAUGAUAGAGAAGCUGCAAAAGGAUUACAUGGAGGAAAUCAAUUUGUUUAAUGAAAGUCAACUAGUUCACUUCAAGCAAAUGGGCAAUCAACUGAUCAAGUCUAGCAACCAAAGUAGAGGGGCUGAAAUUGAAGAGAAACUCAACAAAAUUAAUGACCGCUGGCAACACCUCCUUGAUAUCAUCGGAGGAAGAGUGAAGAAGUUGAAAGAUACCUUUGCUUUCAUACAACAGCUGGACAAAAACAUGAGUCAUCUUCAUACAUGGCUGGCACGCAUUGAAUUUGAGCUUUCUAAACCUAUUGUUUAUGACAUCUGUGAUGAUCAAGAAAUACAGAGGAGACUCGCAGAGCAGCAGGACCUGCAACGGGAUAUUGAACAGCACACAGCAGGUGUGGAAUCUGUCUUCAAUAUAUGUGAGAUCUUACUGCAUGAUUCUGAUGCCUGUGCCAAUGAGACCGAAUGUGAUUCAAUCCAGCAGACAACAAGGAGCUUAGAACGGCGGUGGAGAAACAUCUGUGCCAUGUCUAUAGAGAGGCGGAUGAAGAUUGAGGCAACGUGGCGACUAUGGCAAAAGUUUUUGGAAGAUUACUCUCGUUUUGAAGUUUGGUUGAAAACAGCAGAGAAAACUGCAGCUUAUCCUAACUCUUCAGAGAUUUUGUAUGUAACGGCCAAGGAAGAGUUGAAAAAAUUUGAAGCAUUUCAGCGGCAAAUUCAUGAGCGAUUAACCCAGCUAGAAUUAAUCAAUAAGCAAUAUCGGCGGUUGGCCCGUGAGAAUCGCACUGAUUCAGCUAACAAGCUCAAGCAGAUGGUUUAUGAGGGUAAUCACCGAUGGGACAAUCUUCAGAAACGUGUCACAGCAAUUCUCAGGAGACUUAAGCACUUUACCAGUCAAUGGGAGGAAUUUAUGGGAACAAAGGACAACAUCAUCCUGGUGUGGUUAACAGAAAUGGAUCUUCAGCUGACAAAUGUGGAACAUUUCUCCAAGAGUGAUUUCGAUGACAAAAUGCGGCAGCUUAAUGGUUUCCAGAGGGAAAUAAUGCUAAAUACCAGUAAGAUUGAACAGUUGAUUGCUUCUGGAUUACAUCUGAUUAAAAAAAGUGAACCAGAGGAUGCCAUUAUACUUGAAGAGGAACUAGAAGAAUUUUGUAAUUAUUGCCAGGAAGUGUUUGGCCGAGUAGCCCGAUUCCAUCAAAGAUUGACAUCCUGGCAUCCAGGACUGGAAGAUGAAAAAGAGUCUUCGGAGAAUGAAGCUGAUUCAGACCAUGCAAGAGGGAUGCAAACUGAUCCUUGGCCAAAGAAGACAGUUCAGGAGGGGCCACCAUCACAGCAGUCUCUUUGUCACCUCAUACCUACUUCAGGUGGUCCCGAGAGGUCAGGCUGUGAGACGCCUGUCAGCGUUGAUUCCAUUCCACUGGAGUGGGACCACACCGGAGAUGUGGGAGGCUCUUCCUCCCCUGAGGAUGAGGAAGAAGAUUCAUUCUUCAGCGCACUCUCAGAUGUAGAAAUCACUGAACAUCCUGAGGCAUAUCUUAAAAUGACCACAAAAGCUUUGAAAGCAGCUUCUGGGAAAUCUUUUGAAACUCACUUAUGGCAUCCCUCAGAGCACCCAGUUUGCCGAAAGCAUUCAUACAACCAGGAAGAGAUGGUUAGAAGUGUCUUAUCAAGCAACGAAGAUUCCAGCACAUCCUACAAACCAGGCAAUGUGAAACCAUUGAACACUAGGAGUAUGGAUGACAUAAAAGACAUUUCCAGGACCUUGCCUACUAAAGAUUCUCAAGAUAGCCAGGACUUCAUUAGUGUUUCAGCCAUAGAGAAACAGCCAGGGACUAUUGAGAGAUGGGAACUCCUUCAAGUUCAAGACCUAAGCCACAAGCUGAGAAUGAAGCAAACUUGGCAGCAGUGGCAACAGCUGAACGCUGACCUUACCAACAUUGAUAUUUGGCUGGAUAAAAUGGAAGAGGAAAUGGAGGAGUUGCAGGAGGAAGAACCACAACCAGUCAACAGUAUUCAGGCCAUAGAGCAGAGAGUCAAGAAACUGAAGGAUAUGUUUAAAGCCUAUAAUAACUACAAGGCCCUUGUACUGUCUGUUAAUCUGACCAGCAAAGAUUUCAAGCAAACAGAUAGCACUGGAUGCAAGGAACUUCAGAACAGACUUCGAAGGGUAAAUUUACGAUGGGAGAAGGCAAAUAUUUCACUGGAAAACUGGAAGAAGGAUUUACAAAAAGCUCUGAUUCAUUGCCAGGAUUUUCAUGAACAGAAUCAGAAACUGUUGCUGUGGCUGGCUGCUGCGGAGACACGGAGGCACCAAGCACAAGUUAAGGAGCCAAAUGCUGAUCCUCAUAGAAUACAGGAAAGUCGAAAGGAUUUAAUGCAACUGGAAAAAGAGCUUCUGGAACGGCAGCUUCAAGUAAAUACUCUGCAAGAAAUUGCUGCAUUUUUGCUUGUCAAAUCUGACAGAGAAAAAUAUAUUGAGGCUAAUGAGAAGGUCCAUGUUAUUGGGAAGAAGCUUAAACAGCUUCUUGAAGGAGUUUCAUGUGACUUAAAGGUCUCACAAGGAAGUCAGGACGUAAGUGCAUUUCAGGUGAAUGGGGAAGAACUGGAUUCUGGAACCUAUCAUCAAUUAUCAGAGAAAUCUCCUGUUUCUAAAAAUAAGGUUGAUGAAAAGAAGAUCCUGCAGAGAAACACCAGCAGCAAUGUUAGGAUGGAAGAGAACAAAGAGACCAAUUCAUUUGCACCCAAGAAGUAUGCUUUCUUCUGUCGUGUCCUACGAGCAGCAUUACCUUUACAAUUGUUCCUCCUCCUCUUGUUGUUUUUGGCUACCUUGAUCCCUGUCUCAGAAGAAGACUACAGCUGCACUCAAACCAAUAAUUUUGCUCGUUCUUUCUACCCGAUGCUACGAUAUAUUAAUGGACCUCCACCAACUUAAAGACAUUCAAUUUUUUAAUUAAUAUCUUCUAUGGAGUCUUCUUUUUAUGCUGCUAGAGUUUAUCCAGAAUUUCAGUUUCUUGGUAACUUCAACCAGGGCUUAACAAGCACUGAUGAGUAACACUGACAAUAUUAUGUGGAGAUCUCUAUUGCACUCAACGGGAACCAAACCAAGAGGCUUCAGCUCAUCUUCUAAGAACAUGCUAUUGCUUCUCAUCACCAAGAUAAAAAAAUCAGUUAGCAAUUUCAGGACUUGGAUUGGGUGGGUAAGAGCUGUUACUUAGAGCUUUGUACAGGAAAGCUAUUUCUAUAUAUUUUCAAACUAUAAGCAAUGUGCUUUCUACUUUUUGCACAGUGUGAGAUCAAUCAGUGAUCUUCAUGCCAGAAAGAAUCGGUGAACACAGAAUUUACAAGACUGUGUCUUGUUAGCAUUAAAAUAAUUCCUCAAAUCAAAGAUAAAUGCAUAAUCCCCUAGAAAGAUCUACUGCAUAAGCCCAAUAGUAACAGGUAGGAGCUAGAGUUGCACAACAGCAUGGCUGCACUAUUCUGUUUUUCCCCUUUGUUUUGGUGAGUCUUGCAGAGAACUUCCUGGUGGAGUGAACCCAUCAUUUUUAAUGUUAAAAGAAAUGAGAACUCCUUUUUCAGGUGGUACUUUGCAUGCAGGGAGAUCUCUUUCUGUAUUUUGCUAUUUUAGUGGAAAGAUAACUUCGAUUUUUAAAAUAUUUGUUAUACUUUAGAAUUUUAGGAAUCUUACCUAUUCAAGUUCAUGAAUAUGUAUGUUUCCAAGACAGAUUUUUAUAGUACUUAGAUUUGUCUACUUUGUCUGAUGUCUCCUUUUGUACAUUUUUUAUAAAAAGAAAUGAAAAUGCUAUAUGUAGGUAGCCUUUAUUGUUUUUUUAGAUUUUUUUAAAAAGAAAAAAAUAGUGUUGAUUAUCUCACAUACAAACAAAUAAAUUUUGUAGAGAUGCGGCUUUUUAAUCAAAUCCAUUUAUGUUCAAUUUUCUUUGAAUAACGUACAGUAAGUCAGAAAUGAUUUAUGGAAGGGCAAAAUCAUCCCUAUGGCCAAGACAGCAGUAUACUCUAUAUGUGCACAGAGAAUAUGGGGCCUUUAUCUUCUUUCUCUCUUGGUUCUAAGAAUUAGCAUAUGACAUUCCUGGACAAUUCUGAUAAUGAAUUGCAGGAAAUUGCCGAUCCAAAUUAAUGGGAGUCUAGUAGCACUUUUUCUGACUUACAAAAUAAGCUUAUGGGAGCCUAUUUAUGUUAGCCGAAAAGGUGUGACCAAGCUUCUGAUUUUUUGACUACCAUAGAUUAACACAACUCUCCUUCUCUAAUGUCUCCAAUUGGGAAAUUACAGGGAAUUAACAUAAAUAAAAAUAAAAUCCAUACUGGAUCUUGAAUGGGAGAGGAGGAGAGGGAACUAAAUGGAUAAAGGAGAGGCUUGUCUUAUGGAGACCUACAAUGUGCCUUCCAUACAUAGACAACUCCUAUUAGCUUUAACUGACACGCAACAUCGCUUCUUGUCAAAUGUAUCAAUGACUACCAAAGGGAUUUUUGAAUUGAGGAGGUAUCAAGAGAGGGCCAUUGUUUUCUUGUCACUGCUUCAGGGCUUUCUGCAAAUCUCAGCUCAGUCUUUUUUGAAAAUAGAAUGCUGGAUUAGAUGCCUUCCUAACUUUCAAGCGGGUGCUGCCUCAUCAAUGAGAGUAAUCACAUUUAAAAUGAAAUGGAAUUCAACUGAUGGUAAAAAAAAUGAUUUUAUUUAAAUCCAAAUUACACUGCUUCCGUGUACAAUCCAAUCAUGUUUUCCUUAUUAAAAUUCUGCUAAUGUUUGUAGUAA